AUGGCCCCAAAGAAGCGUUCCCAGACUACUCGACCGCCGGGCGUCGCUGAAGCAUCUUCGCCCAUACUACCCACCUACGAGACCGACACCUUCCUUUCAUAUUCUUCAGCUAGAGGCCGUCGUCACCAGCCAAGAGAGGACAUACGAGCUGCCUCUUCAGCCCUGUCGCCUGCUCAAGACACGGAUGCCUUGCGUUCACCUAUAAUACCCGACUCCCCACUCUCACCUGGGGUUCGUACUCCAGAUUCCAUAUCCCGUCGCGAAAGCACUUCCACCAUGCGAACUUCGUCCAUCCCCUUCGAGGGACCUCCCACUUGCACGCCUAGUGGGCGCAUUAGCAAGGCAAAGAAGGGGAAGCGAGUUCAUGCUUGCGAAUUUCCUGGCUGCGGAAAGGUCUUUACCCGCGCAGAGCACAGACGGAGGCACGAGCUCAACCACAAUCCCGAGGCAAUGUUCCCUUGUACUCGUCCUGGUUGUCACAAGGCAUUCCACCGUGUGGAUCUUCUUCAGCGGCACCAGGAAAAACAUGACCUCGAAAGCGCAACUGAUGCUUCGGCAGCAACCAUGAGUGAAUUUUCGCAGAGAUCAGUCCCUUCAGAAAUGCCCUCCUCGGUCCAUCCAGCCCCACCCAUGACCAGUCCCCAAGCCGGCCGGAGUACUCCCAACCCAUCUUCUGGGGGUCUUUCGAUCGGUUCCCUGGUCAACCCCCAAGGGGACUACCGCUACAGUUUGGGAACACCGGCGUUCAACGGCUUUGGCCGACAAGCAAUGCACUUUGUCCCAGGCUUCAACUCAUCUGAUGAAUCCAUUUUCUACACGCCCGAAAGCAGCCAAUCUCCCGUUUCAGACUACUACGGUCGAUACCGCAACCGUCAGAGCAUUUCAUCCUCGUCAUCUAUUGCAGCCUUUGAUACCAACGGCGCGUCCCCCUUGAUUGGAGGGAAUAUACCAAGUCCCUGGGUCCCGUCUUCCGCGCCGCCUCCCAGUAUGCUCCCAUCCAACAUGCUUGAUGAAGCUGUGUAUUUUCCUGUAUGCCCCCCUUUUCAUUGGUUUGGCAUGUGUACUGAGGCUGAUCAGUCUCCCGCAGACUCUUCCCUACCAAUACCCCUCUCCGACCUGGAUGGAUACGAAUGGUCCGUCAUUCGACGAGAACUAUCCCAUGCCCCUGGACUUUUGCCCCGAGAUGCCUCAACCGGACUACCAGACACUAUAAGGUGGCAUUGUCUAGACUACUACUGGCAAUACUUCCAUCCCCACUUUCCCGUUGUCCACCGACCGACGUUCCUCCCAACAAAACCGAGCCCACUCCUGGCAAGCGCCAUGGCAGCCAUUGGAUCGCAGUACGACGACAGACCGGAUGCAAAGUUAUAUUCUCUCACACUCUUGGAGAUUGCAACCAAGCUCUUAAGGAGGAGACAUAGUAUCACCAGUCGGUCAAGGUUGGCUGACUUACAGACCGUCUUCCUGCUCGAAGUUCUCAGCAAGUAUUGCGCCAGACGAGUCGAGGUGGACAUGUCGGCCAGGUUUCGCUCGCUGUUUGCAAGUCUCGAUCAAGCUCGGCGGACUCUCGCUACGGAUGCUUUGGCCGUUUUUCGAACCCUACCGAAAGACAGAACGGCCGACGAUGUCACCCGUGCGCACAAAUUCUGGCUCGAGCACGAAACACGGCGGCGCAUCCUGCAGGCAUCGACUGUCUUGGACCUUCAGCAGGUCACUCUCUUCGAGCAGCCCGCCACGAUCGUCCAGCACGAGCGGCCCCGACGUCCAAGCCUGGAUCUCCGAUACAAGGUCCCCCUUCCUUGCCCACGGGAACUCUGGGAGACCAGUCCAAUCGAGACCUGGCUGGAAGCGGCCUCCAAGAACGACAUGUCUAAGCAGCCGAAUACUGGCAAUGCGGCUGAUUUUCCAGCCGAUUGGCCUCAUGACUUCUUUCAGGUCCAAGUCGGCGUGGCAACGAAUCCAGAGCUGUCUUAUGGCCAGUUUCUACCACAAAAGGACCAACUACCCGGUGAUUCUGCUGCCCGGCUGGCAUUCAACUACCACCUACAUGAGAUGGCCAGACACACGCCGAUCCGGCAACUGCUCGUGGUGAGCGGUGAGUCUUGGGUUUUGGGCAAGAAGCUAGAGAGCGAGGCGGAGUUCCAGACGGCAAAGCGCAACCUCCGAGCAUGGAUCGACGCUAACCGCGAGAGUCGAAUUUCUUUAUGGCACGCGACCCAGCUGAUCCGGAGCCGUGCCCAAUUCAUUGUUUCUGAUUCAGCCAACACCGACCUGGCUGUUUCAUUCCUUGAUACCCACAUGCUUCACGAGCCCUGGGGACUAUAUCUGGCUGUCCUUGUGUGCUGGGCGUACGGACUGACCGCUUCGGUGAUGCUGGAAACCAUGGGUGGUCAGGUAUCUGGCGCAGGAUCGACGAGCGUGAGCGAGGCGAAUUCCCACCUAUCCUCUCGAAGUUCCAGCUCAAGUCGGAGCCUGCCUUCGACACUUCCGACACUUCUCGAUCUCCAUGAGGCGACCUACUCGAUGCGCGAGUAUUUGCAGCGCACCAAUGUCGAAACACCUGACCAUCUACUCCGUCUGGAUGCCCGAGUGUUUGGACAGAUUCAUGGGUUGCUGGAGAUGGUCCGGGUCAACAAGAUCGGGCAUCUUCUAGGCGGCCUCAUGAAUGAGGCAGAGCGAGUUCUGUAUCGGUUGGUGGAGGGUCGAGGCCGGCUCUCAAAUUUCUGA